AUGACCGCAACACUCGCAUCUCAACUCACCGAAAUUACCAAAAAGCUAGAGUCAGCAGGAACAAAAGAGCUCAAAGAUACCAUUCUUUCAGCCAAAUCUGGCAUUGAGCAAUCCUUCGAUCCUAAGCAAGCUAUCCAACCAGGCGCAAAACUACCAGAAUUCUGUCUUCCUGAUGCCACGGGAAAAGAAGUUUCUUCUUCAGAAUUGCUCUCCAAAACCCCGCUUCUAAUUACCUUUUACCGCGGCGAAUGGUGCCCAUUCUGUAACUUAGCACUGCGAGCCUUCCAGCUUCGUCUGGCGGAAAUUGAAGCUAAGGGUGUGACUUUCGUCGCAAUCUCACCAGAGCUACCUGACACUUCUCUAAGUACGGUUGAGAAGAAUGAGCUUAGCUUUCCCGUGUUAUCCGAUGUCGGUCUAAAAUUUGCCAGGAAGUUGGGAAUAGUUUGGAAGCAACCUGACGAGCUUCGUGCUGUAUUUGACACUUUUGGAACAAGCCUAAAGGCGCGGAAUGGAGAUGACUCCUUCGAGGUUCCGAUUCCGACCACCAUCCUUGUCGACCGGGAUGGAGUGGUGAGAAAUGUGCAUGCGGAUCCUGACUAUUUCAAGAGGCUGGAGCCUCAGGAGGCGUUGGACUGGAUCAAGGAGUUGCGACGUUAA